AAAAAAAGCUAAGAAAAAAGCUGAGAAUGGCAACAUUAGCUUCCUUUGUUGAGGUUACUUUGUUUUUGAAUGUAGGUUUUUUGAAAGAAGGUCAUUUGAGCUCAUGCAUUGUGUUGACUUUGCACCUUGCCAAGCAAAUUUAAAAGCAGUUCAUAUUGUUGUCGUUUACUGAUUUAUUUCUUUGCUGUCAGUGCUGCUCAGUCUUUAUAUAGAAUUUUAUUUUGAUAUUCAUGGCUGUGAUUAAAAGAGAUUGGUUGCCAUCACCCUAUGAUUUCCUAUGAAAAACUGUUCACUCUGUGGGGACUCGUGUAUAAAAAUGGGGGUCACGUAAUGGUCGGUAUUCUCUGUUGUUUGCAACACCAGGGUGUAGCCUUCAGAAACCAAAAAAUUGUGGGGUGAGCAGCAACCGAAGCACUAUAAGGUUAUGUAAGCAAAAGGGGUUCACUUCCAGUUCUUCUAGAGGAGUGCAACUUGAGCAAAUGAUUGACAUGUCAAUCUAUAAGCCAGUAUUACAUAAGAUGAGGAGCAGCCGCAAAACUUAAACAAAAUUGUAGUUGACUUAGCAGAUUCUCAGGGGCCAUGCUUCUUAAAAACAAUGUAAACUUAGCUCAGAAUAAUUUCGAAUCCAUCCAGCAGCACCACCCUCGCAUCGCAUGCCUUGUACUCGAGUUAGUUGCCGGCUUCCCAGCGGUCAUUUCUGUUCCGUUUUUUUUUUGACGAAGCUGGAAUGCAUCCAUAAAACAUUCCACAAGCAGAAAAAGGCAAAAGAACAUAUGUCAAAAUGUCAGGGUGUAGCUACUGUAACCUUAUGGCGGCUCUUGGCUUUAAGUUCAUAUAUGUUGUUGGGCAACUAAAUUUAAAGCUAAUUGCUAUGACUGAGAUGAAAGCAGAGACACCCCCCUCCCACACCCCCAUAAACAAAUAUCAUCAUUAUAAUCAAAUCUGUAAUUACAAGGUUCAACUGAAGUUCUUGGGCAGGGCACCUGUUAAAAUCCAUUCCUGUGGCAUGUCAUUUAAUGCAUUUGUAAGAUUAAUUUACAAAGCACGGGGCACAUAACAAGCAAACCGACUUGUUCAUUAAAAUCCCUUUUUAAAAAGCAUUUGAUGAAGUGUGAAUGUUUUUACAUUUGUUAGUUCAUUUCCUUGAAAAGCAUCCCAACCGACUCAACGCAGUGUAAUGGCUUAACCAAUUGCAGGAGAUUGGGAUGGGUAUAUUUGCUUGUCCAACCAAUAGCAGAUUAGGGAGAGUUUGAAAAACCUGUCUAAUAAUAUUUGCAAUUGCAUUUGCAAUUUUGUUUAGUGACACUGGAGGUGCACAAGCUCAGCGUGUUGCAAGAAGUUUGAAAUUGAUAAAAAAUUCCCUGAAUAUUUAAAAAAAACUGCUAGAAUAUUUGCUGACACUCUUGGGUGCUUUAAUAAGUGUAAAAGUGAUUCUUGGUGUGCUGAUAUUGUAUUGAAAUUGCACAACAUUUUUUAAGGCAUUUCAUUUUGAAAGGGUGAGUAAAUGAUAACGUUCUCAUUUUCGGGUGAACUAUCCCUUUAAAAAGCAAUGCAUUUGCAUAAUGAAUAACACACUGAGUUCAUUUGCGCAUGGUCAAACCUCACAAUUUUGUUGUCAUAUUUUGUUUUAUGCACUAUAAAAGUAGUUUAUUGUUCUGUAAGUUUUCAUUAUAAUGUAGAUUAAAGGAUGCAUUGUACAUUCUACUGGGCUGGCAACAAAUUCUUCCAAAUUAUUAUUGUUUCGUUGUGGCAAAACACGUUAUAGUCAACAUCACACAAAUGGUUUUGAAUGUGUCAGGCUUUUGGCGUGCAUCCUGGUUUUUUUUUUUUAUUGCAUCAGUUAAACAAUGUACUGUAAUUGCCCUGCUUUAUGCCAUAAAUACUGUUUAUGAUGUAUUGUGAUAAUUCCAUGGAUGUACAGACUGCUUUGUCAGUUAUGUGUGAACAUAAGUACUCAUUUAGCAGCAAAAAGGGUGCAUUUAACGGCUGCUGUAACAUAGUCACUAUAGUGUGCAGUGUCGUAUAGAGCCUAAAAGCUAACGACAUAAUAGGAAACCUCAUGAAGCAAUGAUCUUUUGCAGGGGAGUGAGCAAUUUCUAUGACACUUAAGCAGCCAGGCACCUAUUAAAUUAGUUCUAAACUGUUGCAAUGGCAUGGUUGAAAGUGUUCUUUUAACUUGUCAGAAGUCAAUAUGAGGGCCUGCACAUGCAUGCUUGGCACGGGAGAAAAGACCAUAAUGGGGUACCGCAGUUUGAAAAAAGAAGAAAAAGAGGAAAGAAAGUGUAAUAUUUUUAGUUCCAAAUUACAACGUUGGAACUGUUGCUUUGCUCAGCCGACUGUCCGGGGACUGGAAUGGCAUGAUGGGAGCAAAGGCACUGCCAAACUCCACCCAGGAUCCCUCCCUCCUUCCCUCUGCCCUCUCUGUGCUUCUCAUCUCCCCUCUCAGCACUAAAAAUCGCCCCUUAUUUCUGCUCUUCAUCAUCCCUCACCCGGGUCUCAUCGGCAGUGGCAGAGAGAGCCGUUCUUAACUCGCUGUGCGGUGAACCACUUUCAUUAGUUAGUGAAAGAGAAAAAGACAUGUCAUCGUAAUGCAACCCUAGUGUCAGGAUUGAAUAUUUGACAAAUGCACAGAACAAUUCAUCUGUGCAACCCUCCUUGAUGUGUGACCAAAGUUCGAGAAAACCCCUGUAUAUCCCUACUAUUUUUCAACGGCAUCUGCUUCUGCUUGCAGGCUCUAAACACAUAAUUUUUUUUCUGUCAAAACCAAUAAAGAAACUUCUGAAGAAAGCCAAGAAACUUGAAAUUCAGUGCUUACUUAAGAAAAUGCAGUUUCUCACAUGCGAUUUCCUAUAUUUUAUGGUAACUUUGAAAAAAUAUUUGUAUAUGAUGUAAUUAAAUGAAGCCAUUUACCUCAAAAAUGGUGAAGUGUUUUGAUUCUAAUGUUUGACCCUGCGUGUCCUGGGCACAGGAUCUUCCACUACUCUGCGGACACUGAAAGUACACAGACACUGAAGUUUACCAUCUGCUGUGCCAAAAUACCUGGCAACUGAUGCGAAAACAACACAAGAAAUCGUUUGUCUGCGCUGCAUUUGAACUCUGAAGUUUAAUGAUAAUAAUGUCAUUUUAUACACUCGCCACAAACUCCUACAAUAAAUUAGAUAAUGUCUACACCUCUUUUUAAGUGAACAAAAGAGGGAAAAGCCUUAUUUUAGAAGUUACAAGAGAAAAAAAAUAAAAUUAACUACAUGUAACACUGAAUCUCAAGAUCCCAAUUAAAUGGCCAUUUAAGAUUCUUUAGGAGCUAGUUCAUGAUAUAACUACUAUUAUUGGAAAGGAAGCUGGCUUGCAGCAAUUGGAAGUUUGCAUGAGUAGGUUUAAAUGCUUGUUAGGAGAAAGAAAAAGUAGUGAAGUAACAAGACUGGCCGUAAGUAGAAAGUAAAGCUGUAAGUUUUAAUUAAGUACACCCAUAAAAUGUAUUUUUAAACCAAUGCAUUUACUCCUAGCAAUCCAGCUGGUUUUGAAGUCUUAAUAUAUACUUUCUUUUGUUCUUCUGAAGACAUUUUAGCUGCAUCUAAGCCACUUCUGAUGAUGGGGGAGGGUACGAGAGGGUAUUGCCAAAUUUGAACGCCUUGCACGUAAUUGACGAGAAAGAAACUGCACUCUUUAGCAGGUAUUCCAUGUCCAGUUUUAUAAGCAAGGGGAGGGGAUGGUGGAGGAUGGAUUUCAGAAGGCUUGCGAUGAUGAGGCUCAGGAUUGGUGGAUGCCGUUGUUUGGCAUGGCCCCCUGCCAAGCACUUAUGUCUUUAUAUACUGUAAACAGAUGACCGACCAGUCCCGAGUGUGUCUCUGUGUUCACCCUCUCCUUCUGGCUCUCCAUCUUCUCUUUCUUCUCUUCUUCAUCUUUUCUGUAGACCUUUACUGCAUCUGUACAUCCUCAAGACUCUCUCUCAACAGGACCGGGCAAAAACAGCAAACGCAUCCUCCUCCAUAAAAACUCUUGAGUCACUUUUUCAAGAAACCGCCGGUCAAGCCUUCAGCUGUUUGCAGUGUCGGCGUGGGAGAAAGAAACCAUGUCUCAGCAGAUGUUACUCUUAACGGUGGUGUGCAUGUGGCUUUUUGCCGGGUACUUUCUGGCAGAAGCAACAUAUUACAACCACCAUAUCUACAACCGCUACCGUGCACUCAAUUACCAUGCCAGCAUGGACAAUCAGCUUCCUCCAGAGGUACCUGUGGUGACGGAGGAAGUCGCCCCUCGUCCGGUUAACUUCAGUCGCACCUUUUAUGGAAUCAUGUUUGAUGCCGGCAGCACUGGCACCCGUAUCCAUAUUUACAAGUUCAUCCAAAAAGACCCAGUGGAGCUUCCAGUGCUUGACAAUGAGAUGUACCACGCCGUGAAGCCUGGACUGUCAGCGUACGCGGAUAUGCCUGAUGUGGGUGGGGAAACCAUUAGGCAGCUGUUGAAGGUAGCAAAAAAGACGAUACCCAAAGAGCAAUGGAUACAGACACCUGUGGUUCUGAAAGCCACUGCCGGCUUGCGCCUGCUGCCUCAAGAAAAAGCCAAUGCUCUUUUGAAUGAGGUCAAAGAAAUUUUUGACGACUCUCCUUUCUUUGUGCCAAACAACAGCGUCACCAUCAUGAAUGGCACCAAUGAGGGGGUCUUGGCAUGGGUUACCGUAAACUUCCUCACAGGUCAUCUGUAUGCUAAAACAAAGAAAACUGUCGGGAUCCUGGAUUUGGGUGGAGGUUCAACUCAGAUUACUUUCCUCCCUCGGUUAAAGAAAACUGUGCUGACCGCUCCGCCAGACUACAUUGCCAAAAUCAACAUGUUCAACAGCACUUUUGAGCUGUAUACUCACAGUUAUCUUGGCAAUGGACUAAUUGCUGCACGACUGGCAACUCUUGGCGCUCUUGGUGCUGAUGGUCUUGACUGGAAAAUUUUCAGAAGUUCUUGUUUGCCUAAAAAAUUCAGAGAAGACUGGAGCUUUGGUGGACUCACCUACAAAGUCAGUGGAAUCCCAGAUGGUUUUGCAGGGUAUAAAUUGUGCUACCAAGAGGUAAUGCGGGUGGUGAAAGGGAUUGUGCACCAGCCCUUCGAAGUGAAGGGAAGCAGCGUCUUCUAUGCUUUCUCCUAUUACUACGACAGAGCUGUUGAGUCUGGACUCAUCGACGGGUCCCGUGGAGGUACUGUGGAAGUCAGGGAUUUUAAAAAGAGAGCCAAAGAAGUGUGCAACAAGAUGACUAAAUACCGUCCGAUCAGCCCCUUUUUAUGCAUGGACAUGACCUACAUCACAUGCCUACUGAAAGAGGGAUUUGGGUUCAAGGACAGCACUGUUCUGCAGCUUACAAAAAAGGUGAAUAAUGUGGAGACAAGCUGGGCACUCGGCGCCAUCUUCGAUCAUUUCCACAAGCUCAAUAUUCAUUAAAGCCUGCAGGCUUGCAGUGGACACCAGCAUGAUGAGGAGCACAGGGGUCAAGCAGGUGCAAAACUCACCUGCUGAAUCAGCCCCUUUGUCCUCCUCCAUAACUCUUUAAAUUGAGUUUCAGACCUGCCCUGCACUGCAGCCCUACAUCCCAACGCUCUCCCCUCUAAUCAACUAAACUCUUACAGAACUGUUCACAAAGAAAUCACUAUAUUUUUGUAAAGAUGGCCAGGCCAGCCUGCUAUUUCUACUGUAUGUUUACAUUUUUUUCAGUUGCUGUCUCACCUGAGACACUGUCUGUCUGUCUGUCUAACUUGGCAGUUUUCAAAGUUCCAGCGUUUAAUGCACCCAUUUAAAGCUCCUGAUUCAUGCUGUUGUGCAGGAUAUUGUGCAGUGGGAUACAUGUAAAAACAUUGUGUUUGUUAUUGUAGCUUCUGUAGCUUCUUCUGCAGUAACCUGUUAGUAGUAGUGUUUGCACAGUAGUGUAGUGUUGUUUUAGAUAAAUUAUACUGAAAUGUCCGUUUAGUGCCCCUAUCAGCACGUAACACUUUAGAGUAGAUGGUUCAUCUACAGCCAUCUGUAUAUGUUUUGGAAAGUUGCUUGGGAUCAGCAGUUUAACCUGGGGUUCAUUGGGCAGGUAGAGAAAAGGACAAAUCAUACAUGUACAGUCACUUUAUUUGAGCACAUGGGUGCUUUUUUACAUAUUAAUGAAUAAUGCAUGUAUUUACGCUUAUCUGUUUGUAUGUUAAGAAGCAGAGUUGAAGAGCUGAGUUGGAGCAUUUUUUUAGAAGGAUAUCCCUCUAUAGGGGCUUAUUUUAGCCAAGUUCUAAGCAGAUAUGUUUUUAACACUGAAUGGCAUGCAACUGAGUACACCUUGCACUGCAGCCAUUAUCAAACUAAAAAAUGCAUAUAAAUGCUUUAAUGGCGAAAUACUUGGAUAAAAUAUAACUCAGAUGACUACUGGUCAAAAGUUAUUAAAAGUAGACAUGUUACUGUAUUCAAAAUUAGAGUUAUUUUUAUGCCAACAUGCAAACAGAGUUUAGAAUACCUUGAACCUCAUUUAUGUAUUUAAACUUGGGUUAGUUAUUGUGAAUGGCAAGUCAUUUUUGGCGGUCAUUAUGUAGAACUGCAUUGAAAUGUUACUGCUUUGUGUAUACAGAGAUGCUCAGGUGUAAUUGGGCAGAACAAGGUUAGAUGUUGUGACAGGUGCAUACUGCUGACCGAAUUAGGACCAAUUUUUGGCAGUAUCAUGUUAAGUGCGUUUUGUGAAUUAUUGUACAAAUAUUUAUUACAUGAAUACUUGCUAAAUAUGCAGUGUGCAGUUGUUGCAUCUCGGUAAUCCAUCUGCUUCUUUAAAGCUGCUUAAGUAUACCUUUUUAUGUAUUUUACUGUGUCUGUAUAUACACUUCAGUAAUGUACUUUUUUUUUCUUUUUUUACUUUUUUGUUCAAUGUAUCACAUGAAAUUAUCAUGUACUGCUUUGCCAUUUUUAGAGGUAUUCUCACAUGCUAUAAAUAUGCUUUCCAAUUCAUUGUUGUGUAUGAAGUGGU